AUGCUUACCUCAUCUCAUUUAAUCGUCUUCAAACUUUCCCACUUACCACCUUCUUCUUCUUCUUCUUCUUCUCUUCCUCCUCCUCCUUCUCCUAUUGUAUCUAUUAUCGCUCUACUUCUUCUCAUUUCUUCUUCUUCUGCACCCUUUCCCACCUACAUUAAUCAUCUUCGCCAUUUUGAUUUCACCUUUCUCUUGAGGAGGCAAUUUUUAUACACUUUUGUUGUUCGCUUUUCAUUCUUAUUCCGUGUUGUUACCAUCACCAAGCAUGUAUCUCUUCUCUUUUCCCUCACUUUCUUUUCUUAUCCUGUGUCUCUUCAUUUGUCAUUUUUCUUUCUUUCUUCCUUUCUUUCGCAUCCUUUUCAUUCUUUCUUUCUUCCUUAUCCUUUUCUUUCUUCAUUUUUCUUUAUCAUUUUUUCGUUAGCAUUUUCUUUCUUUCUUUCUUUCUUAUUUUUUCGUUGUCCUUUUCUUUCUUUCUUCCUUAUCCCUUUUUUGUUUCCUUUUUAUCUUCCUUAUCCUUUUCUUUCUUUCUUUCUUUCUUUCUUAAGGUCGACUCAUUUAAUUUUCGAAAUUUGUUUUAAUUUAUCAACUUACAUCCUUUUGCUGACAUUAAUUCCUUUCUUUUCUUAUUCUGUUUCUCAUUUUUCUUUUGCUUCCUCGUACCUUUCUUUCUUCUUUAUCCUUUUCUUUCUUCCUUUCUUUCUUCUUUAUCCUUUUCUUUUUCUUCCCUAUUCUUUUCUUUCUUUCUUCAUUUUUUUUUCUAUAUUUUAUUCUUUCUAUCUCCCAUUGUUUUUUCUUCUAUCCUUUCAUUCUUUCUUCCUUUCUUUCUUAUCCUUUUUGUUCUUCCUUAUUCUUUUCUUUCUUCCUUAUCCUUUCUUUCUUUCAUUUUUUCUUCCGUCCUUUCACUCUUUCUUCUCUCCUUUCCUUCUUUCAUUCUUUCUUCUAUUCUUUCCUUCUUUCCUUCUUUCUUUUCUUUCUUUCUUCUGUCCUUUACUUCUUUCUUUUUUCCUUCCUUAG